GUGGCGCUGUUUUCUCUUCAAACACCAAACCGGAAGUUGACUCAAAGGAAAAAAGUUGAUCGAAAAUGGUUUCUGCGGAUGAAUCCUAAAAUCAGCUGCCCGCUCAUCUAAACACGAGCGAGACAUAUUUACUAUUAUUAAUACUUUUAGCAUGAGUUUAUUUACGACAAGGUCAAGUGUCCAAAGUGCGUUUCAACCUCAGUUAGCUAUGUUGUAAGCGCUCAAUGUUAGCAAAGAGAGGCUACUUUCGCUAGUUUUUUUUUUUUAAUCAAUCUUUUAACGAUUUUUGAAUGCACUUAAAUGGAAGAGCGCAAGGAACAUUUUCACGGCGAGGACGUCAACGUGAAGGUGUCAAACGGAGACAACGACAGUCAGUUGAAGCCCGGCAGCGCCACGUGUGCCAAAGAAGUCGAAGAUGCCCCUCAGGCGUCCCACAGCAACUUCAGCCACCCCGUCUACAAGGAGAUCGCCCUGGCCAACGGUCACGUCAACCGCAUGUCCAAGGAGGAGCUGCGCUGCAGGCUGUCUCAGCUCAAGCUGGACACCAGAGGCGUCAAGGACGUGAUGAAGAAGCGACUGAAGAGCCACUACAAGAAGCAGAAGCUGAUGCAGUCGGCGGCCAACGAGGGGCCCGGAGACGCCUACUACGACUACAUCUGCGUGGUGGACUUUGAGGCCACGUGCGAGGAGGACAACCCGCCCGACUACCUGCACGAAAUCAUCGAGUUCCCCAUGGUGCUCAUCAGCACGCGCACCCUGGAGAUUGUGGGAACUUUUCAGGAAUACGUCAAACCCGAGUUGUGCCCGACGCUGUCAGACUUCUGCGUCAAGCUCACGGGAAUAACGCAGGAAACGGUGGAUGCGGCCAAGCCGUUCCCGCUGGUCCUGAAACGAGUGGUGAAGUGGCUUCAGGAGAGGGAGUUGGGCACCAAAUACAAGUACACCUUCCUCACGGACGGCGCGUGGGACAUGAGCAAGUUCCUGAACAUCCAGUGCCGCGUCAGCCAGAUCCGAUACCCGCAGUUUGCCAGGAAGUGGAUAAACAUCCGCAAGUCCUAUGGAAACUUCUACAAGGUUCCGCGCACGCAGACCAAGCUGAGCACCAUGCUGGACAAACUGGGCCUGGAGUACGAAGGCCGCCCCCACUCGGGUCUGGACGACUCGCGGAACAUCGCCCGCGUGGCGCUGCGCAUGCUGCGGGACGGCUGCCAGCUGCGCGCCAACGAGCACAUGCACGGCGGCCAGCUGCUGGCCAUCCCCAGCUCGGCGCCCCUGGAGGGAGCCCCGUCGCCUCGCUGGCCCGGCACCCGCAAGUAGGAGGAGGACGCCGGAAAAAGCCGCCGAUUGGUUUUUUUUUUUUUUUUUUUUUGACAAUUUCAUCUGGAGGACCCGACAGCAGGACGGGAGGGAAGAUGAUCCGCACGCGAUGGCGCUACAUGCUCAGAAACAGCA